AUGGAAAAUAUCAAUCCUAAUGUCGAUAAUGACGAUGCAUCAGAGACUGAGGAAUCUCCAAUACCGCCGUCGUCUCAAUCAUCUAAGAUAUCGACUUCAAUUCAACUUCCUUGUCUGUUCGCAACGUUAACAAGUAUUGCAAUCAUCGUUGGUACGUUAGUCGUCUAUUACAAUGGGCCAAAGCCAAUAGUUAUCAAAUGUCAACUGGAAUAUGAAAGACUAUCCAGUCCAAUCCUUGAAUAUGAUUAUGGUCCACGAGGAGUUGCUCUCAAUGAUUUUGAUGGUGAUACAUGGCUUGAUAUAGUUGUUGUUAAUCAUCUUGUUGCCAAUAUUGCUAUUUACAAAGGAGAUGGAACUGGUCACUUUACGAAACAAGUUGAAUAUUCGACAGAUUCUCAUUCAAAUCCUUAUAUGGCUGCAACAGGUGAUUUUAAUAAUGAUUCAUUUAUUGAUAUUGCAGUGGCAAACUAUGCUGGCAACAAUGUUGGCAUUUUUCUUAAUUUGGGAAAUGGUUUGUUCGCUAAUCAACUCAAAUAUUCAACUGGAUCAUCUCGUCCAAUUUUUCUUCUUGUAGAAGAUUUAAAUAAUGAUACAUAUCUCGAUAUUUUUACGGCUAAUUAUGGUACUCACAGUAUUGGUAUUUUAUAUGGAUAUGGUGAUGCAAAAUUUAUGAGUCCUAUGAUAUAUUCCACCGGUUAUGACUCUUAUCCAUCAGCAUUAGCUGUAGGUGAUCUUGACAAUGAUAAGCAUUUAGAUCUUAUUGUGACUAAUCAUGGAACAGAUAAUAUUGGGAUAUUUUUUGGUAUUGAUAAUAAUAAAUUCACAGAUCAAAUGAUCGUAUCAACUGGUUAUGAUUCUCAUCCAGUUUCAGUGGCUGUUGGGCAUUUCAAUAAUGAUAAUUUUCUUGAUAUAGUCGUUGCUAAUCUUGGAACGAAUACGAUUAUGAUGUUAAUAAAUAAUGGAAAUAGAAUUUUCCAAACAUCGAUAGUAUAUACUUUUGAUGAUAGCUCUCCAUAUUCUAUUGGUGUUGGUGAUGUUAAUCAGGAUAAUUCCUUGGAUUUAAUCUUAACCAACAAAGGCACUAAUAAUCUAGCCGUUUUAGUAGGGAAAGAAGAUGGCACUUUUAAAUUGUCGAAAACAUAUGCAACGGGUUCGACUUCUUCAAUAUCAUUUGCUGUGGGUUAUAUUAAUAAAGACAGUCGAAUCGAUCUUGUUGUUGUAAAUAAUGAUACCGGUUCGUUAAACAUUAUGAUUGGUCAGUUUGAAGGAUUUUACAUGUCAACAUUAUAUUCAAGUACAACACGUUCAGAAUAUACAACUAUUUAUGAUUUAAACAAUGAUAAUCAUUUAGAUGUAAUCAUUAGUGAUUCGGAUAACAAUAGAAUCAAUAUUUAUCUUGGAGAUGAAUAUGGAUCGUUUGCUCAACAAUUAUCACAUAGCGUUGGUCUGUACCCAUCUAGAUCAGCUGUUGGGGAUUUGAAUAAUGAUAAUUCUAUGGAUAUUAUUGUAAUCAACGGUAAUAGUAAUGAUAUCAGCAUUCUUCUUGGAUUAGGGAAUGGGUCUUUUAGUAUUGAAUCAAGAUAUGCAGUUGGUCGUUUUCCAAUCGACAUAGUCGUUGUUGAUAUCAAUAACGACCAUUAUUUAGAUAUUGUUGUUAUCAAUAUGGUGAGUAAUGAUAUGAGUAUCUUACUUGGAUAUGGCAAUGGUUCUGUAGCAAAUCAAUUAAUAUAUCCGUCUCUUGUGUCUCCAGAAGCGAUAGCUAUUGCUGAUCUGAAUAAAGAUUCAAUAUUGGACUUCGUAGUUACAAAGGCUUUCACAAGUGUGAGCGUUCAUCUUGGACUUGGAAACAGCUCAUUUACAAAUAUAGUGACGUAUGCAGUUAACCUGCGUACAGUUAGUAUAAAAAUUGAUGAUUUCAAUAAUGAUACAAUAUUAGAUAUAUUGCUUGUUAAUUAUGAUAAUAAUAAUAUAGCUGUUCUCAUAGGAAUUGGAAAUGGAUCAUUUACAAAUCAGUCAGCAUAUGCAGCGGGCUCUGGUCCAUGUGAUGCAGUCGUUGCCGAUUUUAAUAAUGAUAACUUUUUAGAUAUCAUAGCUGUUAACAGUCUUAGCUCGGGUAUAAGUGUGUUUUUGGGAUAUGGUGAUGGUACUUUCGCAGAUCAAUUGAAAGGUAAUCUCAGUCACGAUCCAGUACGUAUAGCUUCCAAUGAUUAUAAUAAAGACUCAAGAUUGGAUUUAAUUAUUGUUGGGCGUGAUAACGUCCGUAAUAGUAUUGACAUAUUAUUUCAAUAUAAUCGAGGAUAUUUUCUAAAUAAAAUGACUUAUGUUUCUGCAGAUGCUGCUCGUCUUCGAUACAUUGAUACACACGAUCUAAAUAAUGACACGCAUCUCGAUAUUAUUGUUGCUAAUUAUGGUUCAAAUAAUAUUGGCAUCUUAUAUGGACAUGGCAAUGGAACAUUUGCCAAACAAAUCAUCAUUGAUACUGGCUUAAAUUCUCGUCCAUCGUCUCUUACUGUUAAUGAUUAUGAUGGUGAUAAACAAUUAUAUAUACUUGUAUUCAAUUAUACUAGUAAAAACUUAAAUAUCUUAAAUGAAUGUGGUAAGGAGAUAAAUAGUGAUUAUACAAUCAAGAAUAUUGCUUUUACUUCAGUACCAUCGAUCAUUACUACUAGUGAUCUUAACCAUGACGGACGAGCAGAGAUUCUUGUUACAUAUGAUGAUGAUACAGAUGUUGAUGUUAUUUAUUUAAAAGAGAUUAGAUCGUUUAUCAAUCACCAACAAUAUAUAGUUGAUACUGCAAUAGCUUUUACUUCAUACUUUUACGAUUUUAAUAAUGAUACUUAUCUCGAUAUGUUGGUUGUGUACGUUGUUGUCGGCAAUUUCGAUGUAUUUCUUGGAAAUAAUAAUCAUACAUUCUCAAAUUCAGUCAAAUAUUUCGUUCAUUCAUAUAUAACUACUGCAAUAGUUGAAGAUAUCAAUAAAGAUUCGAUAUUAGAUAUUGUUACCAUUAAUGACGAUAGCAAAGACAUUAGUGUAUUUUUCGGCUAUGGUAAUGGUUCUUUCGGUGAACAGAUAAGUUCUGCACCUUUUAGCUUCUCUGCAAGUGACGCGAUUAGUGGUGAUUUUAAUAACGAUACUUUAAUGGAUCUUAUUCUGUAUAAGUAUUCGGGAGAUCAUUUCAUUGUUGCUUUUGGCGAUAAGAAUGGUUCUUUUUCUCAUCGGUCAAAGUAUAAUACUGGUUCUAGUGGUGAAUUUCAACAUGCACAGAUUGGUGAUAUCAAUGGGGAUUAUAUUCAAGAUGUUGUCAUGCUCCUUGCCAGUACUGAAAUAACUAUUUUUCUCGGAUAUAGAAAUGGGUCGUUUGCCGACUAUUUCAAAUAUUCUCUUGACAGCGCUCCGUUUAGAAUAAUCCUUUUCGAUAUCGAUAAUGACAAUCAAUCAGAUCUUAUUGUUACUUAUAAUACCAUGAGAAUAGAUAUUUAUCUUCAAUAUGAAAAUGAAACGUUUACCAAGCGAAUUAUUUAUACUGAUGGCUCAUUAAUAUGGACCGUAUACCCUGUUGAUUUAAACAAUGAUAAACGAGUAGAUCUUAUUGGUAACGAUGUUAACAAUAACAACAUAAUUGUAUAUCUUGCAGAUACAAGUGGAUCAUUUAUUAGUCAAUCAAAAUAUUCCGUUGGUUAUUCGCCAGAAGAGUUCAUACCAAUUAAUAUCAAUAAUGACUCUUUCAUUGACUUAAUAGUUGAUAACGUGGGUAGCAAUGAUGUGAGUGUUCUUUUUGGUAUUGGAGAUGGAUAUUUUGAAAAUGAAAGAAGAUAUUCAACAAAUACUCGUUCAUCGGGAAUCGAUGUUCUUGAUUUUGAUCAAGAUUUAAAACUUGAUAUCGUUGUUUCAGCCGCCUAUAGUACUUCCAUAAGUAUUCUUUUUGGAGUUGAUAAAGAAGUUUAUGUUAAAAAAACAAUAUUUACAACAACAAACAAUAAUUCUCAUAGUCAAUCACUUAUUAUUAAUGAUUUUAAUAAUGAUACGCAUCAAGAUAUUGUCUUGGCAAAUGGUAAUACACAUACGAUGAGUAUGCUUUUCGGGCAUGGUAAUCUUUCUUUUGAUAAAGAAAUGACUUAUUCAAUUGAAUCAAAUUCAUCUAUCUAUUCUUUGGCUAGUGGUGAUUUUAACAAUGAUAAUUAUCUCGAUAUUGUAGUUGCGAACUAUAACACAGCUACCAUAGACGUUUUUCUCGCAAAAAGAAACGGUUCAUUUACCAAUCGAACAACAUAUUCCACUGGUUCAAAUUCUCUUCCGUGUUCAAUUUCUGUUAAUGAUUUCAAUAAUGAUACGAAAUUAGAUAUCGUAGUUACUAAUUCUGGCAGUAGUACUUUAGGUAUGUUUCUCGGAAGAAAUGAUGGUACAUUUGAAAAUAUGAUUAUCUUUCCAUUGGCAUAUGGAUCUCAUCCAUUUUCAACCAUCGUUGGCGAUUUUAAUGAUGAUCACAAAUUGGACUUUGCCGUUGGAAAUGCUGGUAGUGACAGUUUAGAUAUUCUUCUGCAAACUUGUUGA